AUAAGAAGAAAGAAAAAGCAAAUGAAAAAAUGACAAUUAUUUUGAUUGAAGAUGCUGAUAUAUUCUUUGAAAAUCAUGAUGAUGGAUUUUUAGCUGCAAUAUCAACUUUAGCUACAGAUUCAAAAAGACCAUUAAUUUUGACAGCAAAUGACCCUUUUAGUAAUCAUUUGUUGAAAUUUUUCUUGUCUAAUGAAACUUUACAUUUUAUACAUCCGCCAAGAGAAGAUUUAAAUUGUUUUCUACAGUUAAUAGCGUUAAACGAAGGAGUUAUUAUGACAAAAGACGAAAUAAAUACAUUUAUCCAUCCAUUUAAACCUGACAUUAGGCAGAGUACUCUUCAGUUACAAUAUGUUUUGAGUACUGGAGAAAUAGAUCAGAAAGUCUUAAAACAACAAUCCCAAAUGAGUUUAAAUUCUAUUUGGUGGAAUUGGCCGCAUAUGUUUGGUUGUCAUUCGACUAGCAUAGAAGACACCAAACAACCAAAGUGCAAUGUUGAUAUAUCUACAAUAUCUCAAAAUCUAGAUAUUAUGUCUGAAUUAAACUUAAUCUAUUCAAAAACGCAGAGUUACAAUUUCUUAGACCCACAACCAUUUUGGCAACACCUUGCCAUGAGGGAUAGUUCUAGUUUAAUUGAAACCCAUCAUUGGUCAGACAAUUCUAUUCUGCUUUCCACAGAUAUUACUCAAUGGAUAUACAAUCAUAUAAAUACACAAGAUUAUAUUCCAGAAAAACUGUACCCCACGUCUGAGGAAUUAAAUCAUCGUCAAAGGACAUGGAACACAUCUAAGGACGUGCUAGAACAAAUAGGCUUAGAUUAUUGUAAUCGAAAAAAUGAAACGUGUUAUGAUUAUAUAUCUACUAUACGAUCUAUGUAUAAGAAUCAACAGAUAAAUCAAUCAUUUGUAAACCUGAGGAAUUCUAAAAUGUUUUCAUACUUGAGACAGAUCAAUAUUAAUGUUGACAGCAAAGAUUUAAAAUAUUUGUGUGACUCUUUUCACUCAGAUUCCAAUAAUUAUGAUCCUCAAUUGGAAAUAUCAGACCAGUUUUAGUUGAUAUUAGCUUGUAAAAUAUUUUUAA